AUGGAGCUAGCCGCGCUCAUCGCCAAAAAGAAGGUCGAGGAUCCUGAGGCCGUUGCAAGGCUCGGCGAGGAGCUGGCACAGGCAAUCGCCUUCACCUCACGCGAGGCCAAGCAGCGGGGCAAGCUGGCCACGCUCAAGAGCUUCUGGGCCAAACAGGGCGUCGCUGUCGGACAGAGGUCGGUACAGCCGGACGGCGACGCCCACUCGGCCGUCGUCAUCAGCACCCCAACAUCCACCCAGGUGCUGCCUUACCACAGCGCCGCCCAGGUCCCCGUGCACCGUACCGGCUCGCAGCUGCAAGAGGACAUCCACGAUCUCGGAGACGUUCUGGAAAACCUCAACGACGCUGAACUGGCUCGCAAGCUCGAGCUGUACCGGUACACCCUUCGGCACCUCUAUCACAGGGACAUGGACAAGAUGAGCGCCCACGAAUUCAUGGAGUUCGUCAACGACUGGGAGGCCAGGGGCUUCUGGCACAGCCCCGAAGGAAGAGCCGUCAAGGAGCAAUGGGAAAGCCUCAGCCAGCCGGGCGGCGCGGCGGGCAGUCGUACUUGGGACGAAGACGCCGGUUACUGGGCGCACGGUGGUCCCGGAGCGAGCAGCGAGGGGCAGGGGCAAGAGGAGGGCCUCGUCCAGGUCAAAUAG